CCAGCUUACAGCUCUCAUUUGUCAACAACACGACAGCUGUGAGCAAAGAAGCAACAAGAUUAAUGACCUCAGCAUACACGACGGUGCUCCUCCCUUUUGUCUACCUCAUUAUUUUCAUUGUGGGUUUUCCUGCCAACGUGUUGGCUUUCUGGGUUCUGAUCAGAAAAAAUAAAAUGACGUCAUCAACUACUUUCCUGAUCAGUCUGACAGUCGCCGACAUCCUUUUGAUCCUGAUGCUGCCAUUUAAGAUUGCUUACCACUUCUCAGGAAACAACUGGAUCUUUGGAGAACACAUGUGCCGGCUAGUCACUGCUUCUUUCUACGGUAACAUGUAUGCCUCAAUUCUUUGUCUAAUGUGCAUCAGCAUUGACAGAUACAUCGCCUUGGUUCAUCCCUUUGCAUCUAAAGUACUCAGAAGCCAGAAAAUAGCCUGCUAUGGCUGCCUUGUGCUGUGGGUAGCCGUGAUUGGUUCUAUGAUCCCAUUUUACAUGAUUAAUCAAACCCACAAUAUUACCACAAUGACCAUCACCACUUGCCAUGAUGCUCUACCAUCUAAUGACCAGGCAUUCUUGUUUCCUUAUGUCAUAACCAUUUUUGUUGUAGGAUUUACUCUGCCCUCAUGUGUCACACUGUUCUGUUAUGGUUCAGUUCUCCGAACUUUAAUCAGGAAUAAAAAGAAAUACUUAUUUGCCGUCAAGAUUACAGCUUUAAUGCUGGUUAUGUUUAUUGUGUGUUUUGCCCCAAGCAACAUUAUUCUUGUCUUUCACUAUUCAGAUAAGAGUGGACAUGAAAAGAAAGAUUAUCUGUACUAUAUUCAUACGCUUAGCCUAUCUGUCAGUUCCUUCAACAGCUGCCUUGACCCUUUUAUUUACUACUACGUAUCUGAUGAGUUCAGAUCCAAAGUUAGAUCUGUACUGAAGUAUAACAAAAAGUCAUACAAUAUAUCAAAUCAAGCUACCAGCUCUUCAUCACAACCAAAGUCUAAAGGAACCAUAGCAUCAGCAUUAGAUACAUGCAGGUAAUAGCCAGGCUGAGCAACUCUAACACAUAAAUGCAUUUUAGUACUAAAAGAGUGUAUGUUUUAUAAAGAAUAUGAUUGCUGAACAAACUUCAGACUACAGACCAACAUGUGUAAAUGCAGUCUUUUCUGUUCUAAUUUGAGGAAGCAAAAAGUUGAU